AUGGCGGCGUUCUGGCAGUCGGUUAACGACAUUAUUUUUGCAAAGUCGUUUUGGUUACCGGGUAACUAUACCUGGGAUGAUCUUAAAAACAAAGAUGAUGGGAUUUACCACCCACAGAUGUCCGAUUUACUUGUCCCAAUCUAUCUGUCAGUCGUUGUUUUCCUUCUCCGCCAUUCACUCGAAAG